UGUGAAAACAACAAGAUUUUCUUUUUGUUCUUUAUGUAUACUAGAGAACCAUUAACAUGCUGCAGUAAUUUCAGGAGGAAGGGACAAGAGUGUGAAGUAUGUUUCUUUGGAACGUUUGGUAAAAACUGUGAAAACACAUGUCCUGAUGGGUUUUAUGGAAGACUUUGCCUCGAAAAGUGCAAGUGCUUAUCAUGCGAUAAAGUCACAGGAGCUUGCCAGACAACUUACUCAGCUAAAAACAUACAUUCCUUUACUAGAGAACAAACAAUAAAAACUAUAAAACCUUGGUGGCUAAUUCUGGUAGCGGUCGGACUGAUUGUUGUCGGAAUGUCUCUUGGAGCCUUCAUCUUGAAGAAAUGUUCUAGAGUGAACCAUCCAUCUAUGUAUUUCCACACUUUAAACAUUCAAGGACGAAAUGCUCUUGAACAGAAUACAUACGAUGUUCUGCAGACAACAACACAAAAGGAGCAGGAUCACAACAAAGACCUUCCAAAUGUUUGAUUCGGCUCAAGAUUAUUCAUCCCUUUGUCAAGAAAUUGGUAUUGUAACAGAAUUACCUUCUCUGAGAACUAAUGAACGUGUAUCAAUGGACAAAAAUAAAACACUUUAUGUAUUCAUGUAUCUAGAAGUUGCAGCAGUAAAACGUUUUCUUGAGAAAUUGUUGAAUUGCACUUGAAAUCUUUAAAGUGUUUGUUAUCUUUAAUGACGUUGCUUUCACGAAGGCUCGUUGUUUCUUUCAUGACGAUUAGUUACAUCUUUUCUCUCCAGUAUUAACCUGCUUUUAAUUGAAAUAUAACAACUUGAUUAUUCAAAGAUUUAGAAAUGCAUAGUCCCGUUCAAGUAGGAAUCUUUUUCCCUUCAUUUACGCGUCCAAUUUAGGGCCGGUACACAUAGUAAGGCUUGCCUUAUAGGUCCGAAACCUUGUAAACGUUUUGCACGAAGGAAAGGCUCUCCUGUCCACACGCAAGACUUACAAGAUUUUAAACGCAAUUUAGAUAAAUUCCAUUUUUUUUAGCCAUAAGCAUUGCACAUUAUUGAACAGAAUAAUAGAUUACCAGCUAUAGGACUUUGAAAUAAUUUUACCGAUCAUUGCAUUCACAUUUCUUAAUAAAGAAGAAGAGGUUCACAGAAGCAUUUGCGGAUAUUUUCAUUAUCUUAUUCGAAUAUACUUUGUGUUCCUUUCAAUAUACCAAGGUGUAUGGUUUUAUAAAAAUAGAUUGAACUUUGGGUGAAUGGUUUUCAUUGGUUAAGAAAUAAAAUUAAUGUCAGCUAAGUCUUUUAUUAAGAAAGAGAGCAGUGUUCUAUUCCUAAGUAAGACUUCUAAGGCUCGAAAAAACGUGCAUUAAGGGUGAACACACGGUAAGGCUACAACGUAAGUUCCAUGACUUAUAAGGUAAGCUUUACCAUGUGUACCGGCCCUUAGAGUUAAUUUCCAGUCCUUUAUUCUUAUUUUUGGUAAACUGAUUAGGUUUGGCGUAGUAGACUUUUCUUGCUGUGGUGGGUCAUUUCUCUUCGGACUUAGCAUAGUGUAGGACGGGUUCUGGAUCUGUUAGGUAGGCACCAUUUUCUUUUAUUGAGGCUCAUUACAGAAGAACUCGGUUAUAACAAAAUCACUGGGACCUGUGAAAUUACUUCCCUAUAUCCGUAAUUCCUUUAACCGUAUAAUGAUUUCGUACGUAAAAUUUAUAUAGUAAGGGGUCCAAGAAAAAUUCGCUAUCUCCGUAAAUUCGCAAAAUCCGUUUUCGAACUAAACGAGUUUGAC